AUGAGUGACAAGCCAAAAGAAGAAGUUUCCACAUCUCCUCUUCACCUAAAUAUGCUGGAAAAGGUCAUAAGCAGCGAUGAUAUUGUCCCAGCUGAAUUUCUCCUCCAUAGCUAUAAGAGGAGUUUCAAUGGUUUUGCUGCCAAGCUCACAAAGGAAGAAGCAGAUAAAAUAUCUGGAAUGAAGGGUGUAGUGUCAGUAUUCCAAAGUCGAAAAUUGAAGCUUCAAACAACAAAGUCAUGGGAUUUCAUUGGAUUCCCACAGAAUGUUAAGAGAGCCAAAUUGGAAAGCGACGUCAUCAUAGGAGUGAUUGACAGUGGAAUUUGGCCAAAAUCUGCUAGUUUUGAUGGCAAAGGAUCGGGUCCACCACCUGCCAAAUGGAAGGGUACUUGCCAAGCGUCGUCCAACUUUACUUGUAACAACAAAAUUAUCGGAGCAAAGUACUACAAAGCCGAUAAACAAUUUUCAGAAACCGAUAUACAAACUCCAAGAGAUUCAGAUGGCCAUGGGACGCACACAGCAUCUACAGCAGCCGGAGGCAUAGUGAACAAAGCAAGUGAAUUGGGAUUUGGGUUUGGGACCGCAAGAGGAGGAGUUCCAUCAGCUCGUAUUGCUGUCUAUAAAGUAAGCUGGUCUGACGGCAUUCAUGAUGCUGACAUUCUUGCAGCGUACGAUGAUUUAAUUGCCGACGGCGUUGAUAUAGUCUCGGCUUCUAUUGGACCAUCGUUGCCUGAAGAUUAUUUCACGGAUGGAUUGGCAAUUGGAUCCUUUCAUGCUAUGAGAAAAGGAAUAUUGACCUCUACCUCUGCUGGUAAUGAAGGUCCAAACCCUGCCACUCUCACAGGCUUCGCACCUUGGCUUCUUUCUGUUCCUGCUUCCAGUAUAAAUCGAAAGUUUUUGACCAAGGUUCGGUUGGGUAACAACAAGAUUUUUGAGCAAACAUAUAUGAACUAUACAUUUUGCCGCAGAGACUCGUUGGACAAAAAAUUGGUGAACGGUAAAACUGUUUACUGCGAUAGCAAUGUAAUUGGACAAGGACAGUUCCUGGCUGGUGCCGCUGGUUUUAUAGGUAGAGGCAGAGUUUUUGGAGAUCCAAGUUUCAUUCUGCCUUUGCCUGGAACUUACCUUAAUUAUAACGAAGCUAGUGAAGUUUACAAGUAUCUUGUAACCGGCAGCAAGCCUAUUGCAACGACAUACAGAAGUGAGGAGGUUACUGAUACACAGUCCCCUUAUAUACCCUCCUUUUCAUCGAGAGGUCCAAAUCCAAUCACUCCCAAUCUUCUCAAACCAGAUAUAGCGGCCCCAGGAUAUCUAAUUCUAGCAGCGUGGUCUCCAAUGGCUCCAAUUACAGAAUUAGGUGUUAAAGGAUUGGGGUAUAAUAUAAUGUCAGGAACAUCGAUGGCUUGCCCACAUGCUACCGCUGCAGCUGCCUAUGUCAAGUCAUUCCAUCCUACAUGGUCCCCUGCUGCUAUCAGAUCCUCCCUUAUCACUACUGCUAAGCCUAUGAGUUCCAAGAUCAACCCUGAAGCCGAAUUUGCAUAUGGUGCUGACCUGAUAAACCCUGUCAAGGCUCUUUUUCCUGGUUUGGUCUAUGAUGCUGAUGAGCUUGACUAUGUAAGGUUUUUGUGUGGAGAAGGCUACAGUAAUGACGAAAUUUUACAUAUAACAGGGAAUAAUAAACUCAAGUGUACCAAAGGGAGUAGCAUAUCAGCCACUGACCUAAAUUAUCCUUCCUUUGCUCUUUCAACCUCUACUUCAGAAUCAAUCACUCAUGUUUUUCAUAGGACAGUUGCAAAUGUCGGGUCAGCACAUUCCAAGUAUAAAGCUAAAGUGGUUCCCCCCAAAGGACUAAAUGUAAUCGUGAGCCCUAGUGUUUUAUCUUUUACAUCUAUUGGGCAAAAGCUAUCGUUUACCGUCACCCUUAAUGGGAAAAUAAAUGGAGUCAUUGCCUCUACUUCUUUGUUGUGGAAUGAUGGCACUUUCCAAGUGAGGAGCCCCACCAUUGUCUAUAUAGCUCCAUGA